AUGAAGGUGACUUCAGUCUCCCUCCUCGUUACGGGCCUUGCUGCCCAGCAGGCCUCUGCCACCUGGGGAAGCCUCGGCGAUCUCUGGGGCUCCGACUACGGCUACCUCUGCCCCACCAACGCCGACAACGAGUGUAGCGACCACCAAAAGUCCGGCUGGGACUGGAGCGGCAUUGCCGACGGCGCGUCGAUCGGCAGCUCGUACUCGGGCUUCAACCUGCCGGGCUUCACGUGCAGCAGCAGCUUCGGCAAGCGCGACGUCCUGCACAAGCGCCACAGCAAGUGCGCGCUGAGCAAGAUCACCAAGGCGCUCGAGAGCGCGCCCAAGAUCGAGUGCACCGGCGCGCAGAAGCAAAAGGGCUUCUCCGUCGACAACUUCCACGUCUCCACCUCCCACGACACUGACGUCGAGUUCCUGUACGGCAUGGCCGACGGCUCCCAGUGCAAGCACGUCUCGCGCUGCAACAGUGGCGGCUCUACCAUCAAGAACAGCCAGUGCGGUGGCGCGACCUCUGUCUCCUUCAGGCUCCCUGAGCACAGCUCCCAGGACGAGACCGACUUUGGCAUUCACAGCGUUGGCUGGGAGUGCGGUUCCAACGGCGGCUCUGGCAUCAUCGUUGGCGGUGGUUCUGCUGGCUUCGGCAUUGGCGGCUCUGCUGGCGGUGCGUCCGGCAGCGGUUCUGCUGGCUUCGGUGCCGGCUUUGGCAUCGGUGGUUCUGCUGGCGGUGCGUCCGGCAGUGGCUCUGCUGGUGGUGCUUCCGGCAGCGGCGAGGCCGGCUUCGGCAUUGGUUUCGGCGCUGGCGGCUCUGCUGGCGCUGGCUCCCAGUCUGCUGGUGGCGAGUUCGGUAUUGGUUUCGGCGCUGGUGCUUCCGGCUCUCACACUGCCAGCGGCGAGGCUGGCUUCGGUAUUGGCUUCGGCGCUGGCGGUUCCGCUGGCGCUGGCUCUCACACUGCUGGCGGCGAGUUCGGCAUCGGUUUCGGUGCUGGCGGCUCCGGUAUUCACACCCCUGGUGGCCAGGCUGGUAUCAGCAUCGGCUUCGGUGCUGGCGGUGCUGGCGGUGCUGGUUCCCACACUGCUGGCGGCGAGUUCGGUAUUGGCUUCGGUGCUGGCGGCUCUGGUAUCCACACCCCUGGCGGCGAGGCUGGUCUGAGCAUCGGCUUCAGUGCUGGUGGCGCUGGCUCCCACACUGCUGGUGGUGAGUUCGGUAUUGGUUUCGGUGCCGGCGGAGCUGGCGGUGCUGGUGUCCAGACUCCCGACGCUGGCUUCGGUGGCGGUCUUACCGUCUCUCUCGGCUUCCCUGCUGCUACCCCGGCUUUCCCCACUGGCCCUGCUCAGCUGACCACCUCGACCAUCUACUCUACCUCUCUGUCGACCUCCAUGUCUGGAAGCUCUGAGGUCGUUGUCACCAAGACUAUUGCCGUUGGUACGACCAUCUGCCCUGUUACUGCUACCCAGACCGGCCCUGCUGUCACUGGUACCCCCGGUGCCCCCGGUGCCCCUGGUGUCCCCGGCUUCCCCAACUUCCCCGGUCAGGGCGAGGUCACUUCCUACAGCACCUCGACCAUCUACUCUACCUCUCUGUCGACCUCCCUGUCCGGAAGCUCCGAGGUUGUCGUUACCCAGACCAUUGCUGUUGGCACGACCAUCUGCCCCGUGACUGCCACCCAGACCGGCGGUGCUGGCCCCAUUCCCUCGGGCCUGUUCCCCUCUGGCGCGAUCCCUACUCCUUCCGGCUCGUUCCCCUUCCUCACCCCCUCCGGCUCGUUCCCCGGCGGCUUCCAGCCCUCGGGCACUCUGCCCGCUGUCAGCAGCGUCCUGGGCGCCUCGUCCACGACCAAGGCCUCGCCUACCGCCGACUGCCCCGGUGUUCUCCCCAAGUGUCUGAACACGUGGAAGCACAAGUCCAGCUGCAAGAGCAACACCGACUACGAGUGCUACUGCAAGGACGUCGAGUACACCAAGAACGUCAUGGACUGCGUGUCGGCGUGGGGUAUCCACAACGACGAAAUCUCGCAGGGCCUGUCGUACCUGGUCGGUAUCUGCGCGGCGCACAUCCCCGAGAACCCGGGCCUCAUCACCAACUGCCCCAGCGGCAUCACCCUGGGUGGCGGCGCUCCCGCCACUUCGGCCCCCGCUGUCGGCGAGGCCCCUACCCCGUCGUCUGACGUCUCUGGCCUGACUUCUGCUCCUGCUGGCUCUGCCCCCGCUGGCUCUGCCCCCGCCGCCGGUGUCUCGACUGUCUACGCCACUCAGCUGUACACUGUCACUUCCUGCGGCCCUGAGGUCACCAACUGCCCGGCUAGCUCCACGGCUAUCAAGACCUCCCUCGUUGCUAUCUCUACCACUAGCUUCGCUGCUACGGAAACUGCUCCUGUCCCUGCUGGCUCUGCCCCUGUUGACUCUAUCCCCGCUGGCUCUGCCCCGCACUGUCACUUCCUGCGGCCCUGA